GGAGAACUUCAUUUUGGAUUGGAGAGUGGAAUUGAAUGUGAUGAUCACAGAAGAUGAUUGUUUUGAUGGUUUGUGAGUGUGAGUGUGAUUGAUGGCAAAUUGGAAGGUGUUCAGCAGCGUUUAUAUACCUUCUAGGGAGAGGAGGUCAGGUCCACCUCAGGGACAAGUGAAGUCAUCUGUAGACUCAAAGAUGAGACUGGUGGGUUCCCGAUGGAGAUUGAUGUCGUUCUGGGCUAUCGAUCGUCGGCACUAUGUGAGACAUGUCUUGGAGUCCCGCGUGUUGUGCCGGAAUCCCCGGGUUUCCUCUUAUGCAGCUGCGGAGGGGUAGGCAUUAACCAUGAUAUAGCCGGCUGGUAACGGCAGUAAAGAAUCAAGAGAAAGUUGUUUUUGA